UCAUCAUGUCCCAAACUCUCUCAAGUCUCAAUUUCAUAUCAAAUUAUCAAUGACAGGUUUCAUGCCCAAAUCAUCAUUUUCUAGCUUUCCGGUUCUGCCUCCUUCCCACACUUUCAUUGUCACAAUGGCAAACCCUCCACGUUUGAUCAUGAAAGAACAAUUUAUUUUGGGCGUGGUCAAAAUCGCUGCAGCAAUAAUUAGCCUAAUGUUUCUCAUUGCUGCGCUAUGCAAAUAUUGGAGAAAUUAUUCUAGCAAUGCUGGCACGACAGUUGCUGGCAGCAACUUUACCAGUACUGGUGGUGAUGUCGUUGUCCAAGUUCAACUACCAACUCCGAAUAUGAAUGACUUUGGCUUUGACUUGGUCUGAUAUUCUGAUAACGACCAAUAUACUGUACAUGUAGUCAUAUACCUGUAGGAAUGAAAGGGUUGUUUGGUCAAGGGAUUUGAGUAGUGUUGUUUGUAGCUUUUAAAAUAUGUGUGUGUGAAAAAGUAUGUAAUGUUGUUUAAAAACUAAAAAUAAAUGUUUGAAAUGUCCUACCAAACAGGCCCGAAAUCAUCCAGCACAUUUAUUAGCAAAACACGUUCAAGGUAUUGCGUAUUAUGUUACUGAAAUUAAAAAGGACUCUUGUUUCUUAUAACAUUCUCUUUAAUUCAAAUUAUGUAAUUUCUUUCAAUUCUUUUAGGUUGCGUUUGGUUCAAUGUAAAUCGAAUUUUGAGUGUAAAAUAAAUGCAGGGAAAAGUGAA